AUGUUCGCAAAGUUUAAUGAGUUAAAUAGCCGACAUCGUCAAUUAAGUCAGCUGAAAAUACAAUGGAAAACAAUGAAGGUAAAUGCUCGGAAGAAAUACAGCACCUUCAAAAAAGAAUUAUCCAAAACAGGUGGUGGGGCAAGACCAGCAACUCUUAAUGAUGGAAUAAUAGAAAUUAAAGAUUUGUUGAAUCCUGCAGAGCUGUUGAGGGAUCAUAAUAUAUAUGAUUCGGAUGGGAUUAUCGAAAGUUCCUCGUCAAAUAAAGUUAUAUUGGCAACUACCAGCGAGACAUGUGACAACACAUUACAGGUAUCUCAAGAUCCGAUUGGGGCCACUCCAAUGAACAAAAAUAUGGGCACGACUUCAGCAGAGAAGGUGCCCAAACGAAAACUCAUGUCAAAUAAUAAAAAGAACCAUGAUGAUUAUUUAAAUAACAUGCUAAGCCAUAGCAAAAAGCUAAAAGAAGAAGAGCACAGGAGACGUCUAGAAAUGGCUGAAGAGGAACAUGCAAUAAAAAUUGAAAUACACAAAGAAAAACUAAUGGGAGAAAUUUUAGAGUUAAGAAAAGUGCGUGAAGAGCAAAAUUAA